AUGAAUAACCAACUACACAAUCUUAAUUGUAAAUUUUGUAAGAUUAAUCAGAACAAAUUUAUCUAGAAAUAAAUACAUGAGAAGUAUUUUGAUAGAUAUGAAAUUAUAGAUAUUUUGAGUAGUUCAAUUUUUAUUUUGCCAAACCUAUUACAGAAAUUUUAGCUAAUGUUCCUGUAGAUCAUGUCAUUCUAUUUAAAGACUAAUUAUAUUUACAUGAUGAAAAUGAAUAUAUGAAGCGAUUUUAUAAAAGAGAGGAACAAGACCCAAGAAUUAAAUUACUUAGCGAUUUUUACUAUGAGUAAAAUAAAGUAAUUGAUUUAUUUUGAUUAAAUCUUUUUUUAAGAUGCCAUAGCCCAAUUUAUGUAAAGUAAAUGCUCAUAAAUUUAUGGAGAAGAGAAUAAAUAAAUUGUUAAAAUUACAAUAAAAAGCAUAAAAUAAUUAGAAUCAACAACCAAUUACUAAAAAAAUGAUUCCAGAUCAUAUUUUUAGUGAAAACUAUGUUGAAUCUGUAUCUGAGUAGUAUGACAUACUUAUUUAGUUCCUAUCCCAAGGAACAAAUAUCAUGGGACAGCAAAUCGCAUAACAUCUAUGACAUUUCAUAAACUGCAUUAUAGUAAUCAUAAUCAAAAAAUAAAACUAAUGUUUAAUUACCUAUUCUUAAUAUAUCUAAUGAUCAAAAUAAAUUAUAUAAUUGUGAAAAUGAUUAGGAUAUAGAUAAUAUCAUUUGUGAAAUUAAUACAUAAACAUCUCGUUAAUUAUCAUCAAUUACAAAAAUACCUUUUAAAAAGAAACCUUCAUCAAGUACAAAUAAAAAGAAAAAUUAAUCAAUUUAAUAGCCUUAGUAACCUAAAAUUCCUAUUCCACCUUUGAAACUUUAAGAAAGUGCUAAAUCUUCAGCUACUACAGUUCCAAAUAAUAAGUCAACAAGCAUUUAAUCUUUAAUGAAAAAAUAUGAUUAAAUUUUGUAAAAACGUUUUUAAGUGAAGGAAAUAUUAACAGAACGUAAUGAAAUCCGUAAUGCUGCUGCUUUUGGUUCUAGUUGUGGUAUUGCUACAAAUAGAGGAGAUGUAGGUUCAUCAAAAAAAUAAAUUACUGAUGAAAUGCUACUUAAAUUAAUCUCAAAUAUGAAGAAAUCAAAAAAUAAAUCUGACAAUUAUUAAUUUCAUGCAUCUUACAAAAGUGUAGUAUCUCAUCCUUAAACUGGUCCAGCUUAAUCAUGUACAUUUGAAAAAGAAAAUGAAAAAAAGAAAAAAUAUCAAGUCUAUCUAGUAAUUUAUUAAAUUUAAUAGGAAGCCAAAAUAAAUCAAAAAAAAUCCAUCUUAAAUGUCAUCGCCAACAACAGUUUAAAAGUAUUAUAAUUUAAAUUUAUAAAAGCACUUGUUCUCCAUCAAUGCUUCUUAGAUCCCUUUCAAAUCCCUCAAUGGCUCCUUCUCCUAUUAGGAGAUUAGAAAUUAAAGUUAACUUAAAUAAACUUAUAUAAUAAUAAGAACAAUAAAUAGGAUAUUGGACAUAAAGAUCCAAAGUUCGUUGAAACUC